AUGAUCUCACAGGUGCAUCCGUCUCCCGUCUUUCCCGUUCAGGGGCAUGAGGAAAGCGUGUGCGUUUUUGCCAGGGCGCCCAGACAAACGCCUGUGCCGAGCACUGGACCGAGCCGCAUAUGCCACACGACUGUCCGUCGCGAGUUUUGUUCGACCCUCUCUCGACACGUGCCGCCACGCCUGGAAGCUACUGUCUUUCAAACUCAACAGCAGUCUAGCUGGCAACCCUGCCGGCCUGCCGAUCUGCCGCAGGCUGGCCUGAGGCCGCCGUCAGGACACAGCGACAGCCAGACAGGCAGCAGUGGCGACGGGUCCGCAGCAACGGUGUCGAAAGGCCACAGGCAGGUAGCACUCUUUCCGAUCGGCUCCAACGCGUCGCGCACCGUUUCAGGACCGGGAGAUGAACACGUUGCGCCCGGCAGAGUCGGCCCAAGCCGGGGCAUUGCACAGCCGCGACCGGCCCUCAGUGAACUCUGCAGAUUCAACGGAACGGGCAGCUCCAGCGACAGGCCUGGUCCCGUGGAGCCCGCGAGUAUGUCGGAGCACACCCCAGCUCACGGGCACUCUUAUUUUCCCGCUGGUCUCAAUCUUAGACGUGACUCCACGACUGCUGGAAAUCCUAGGUCUCUCUCCAAGAGUGUCCACUCCACAAGUCAUGCGGAGUUCACAGAAUACUUUGGGGACCCUGGCUCCUGUGGAAGGACUGCUCCCUACUGUCCAGCAUAUCUCAAGACGACCAGGAGCAACGGCUGCGAUCAUUCUUCGGUGGAACGCGCGGAGUUCCGGCUGUCGAGCGCAAGCGCCACUAGCCUCAGCUCUCCUCUGAGCCAGCAGGUGAGCGGUCGCUCCCGUACGGCGUCACCUCUGGAGGGUUCCGGUUUGUUCUUCUCAUCUUGUCCCGCUAGCGCCGGCGCGCGCCGCUUCCAGAAGAACGAGACAGCAAGCAGGUAUGUCAGGGGCCGCUGGCGUUCACCUGGCGCUUCCAUCUGCCAUCCGAUACCCAGCUGUGGCGGCGCAGAGGACGAAGCCGUGCACCUAAACCUGGAAAGGAGAACGCCUUUCGACGGUGGACAGCUGGCCGUCGACCGACGUCCUCGACAUAGCGGGACAAACCGUUUUGCGACGGCAAUUCAAAGGCAUAUUGAACGGAUGUCGAGGGGGCGAGCACCGGCAACCAGGAAUUCCUCGGAGCAAGGACUGCCUCAAGCGCAAACCAAUGCAGCCGACAGCAAAAGCUCUGCAGGGAGAACCCUGGGAGGCGGAGGAGCAGGAAAGCUCGCCACUGGCGCCGUGCUGCGUUCACGCUUUUUCUCACGAAAUGGUUCAAGAGGCACACCAAGGGGACCAGAGGAGGCCUCGAUUGGCGACUUCGAAGAAGUUCUCAAUUCGCUCGUGCCAACCUGGUCAGCUGCGGAGGACGAAAAGGUGCAGAAGCCAAAGCGAUCCGCUGCCCGCGCGGGGAACAGCCCUCACUUUCCUGCUGACGAUCGAUCGAGUGGACUGCGCGAACGCCAAAUUUUUACUGCUAAUGACCGCACGUUCAUGGCCGGUGAGUUGUCUGUUCGACCGCGCAGCCGCCGGUCUGGUUCGCAGGUCGUCAAAUCUUGCCAGUCCAAUGUUACAAGUGGUUCGUCCGAAGCGCCCAACAUGUCAAGUGGAAGGAGACAAUCGCCACCACGCGACGGAGGAUCGCCUGUGACUAUCACCGGGCUACGAGAAGCGACACCGCCGCCGAAAUGUCGAGAACGGCAGUCCGAAGGCACGAGUCGAUCUCCCAGCGUCAGCGGGAACCCCAGAGACAGAAGCGCUAGCCGUUGCCCGAACCGUGCAGGAGAGAACCUGCUUCACACCAAAACACAACUCCACGACAAGAUACCGGCCCAGACCAGAAAGGUAAGCCUCCACGAGUCGUCCUCUAACAGAAAGUCAGACACUCACCACCGAACUCAGGGGGAUGCCUUUGGAGAACUAUGGGGAAGCAUCCACUCUUCAGGCUGUGCGCGGAAUGUGGCUGCAGUUAAUCUGCUAUCGUCACUGUUCUCUCAAGCUCGGUACACGUGCACGCGAAUGCAUUCACAAAACGGGAAAAGUUUGAGCGGACACCGUUUCGUUUGUUGCCACAGAUUGUGA